CCCCGGAGGAGGGAACCACGGCGGAGGCACCCAAGGAGAAGGCACCCACGGAGGAGGCGCCCACAGCUCUGAGAGUAUUCGGGCAGCAUCCAUGUGUGUUCAACAUUGUUCCAGAUGGCAUUAGUGGGAUCCCCUGCAAGAAGAUUGAAGUGAAGCUCCAAGGCAUGUGGAGGACAAGGUUUGGAUGUACCUCAUUUCACAGCGGACAUCUUGAAAAGAAAAAUUUGGAUACAGUGGACUGUGAGAUAAGUUUGUGUUUGCUCACCUAGUGCUUAUCUGGUUGUGAGUGAAAACCCAGAGGAAGACAGUUGUCAGCUGAGUUUUUGACAAUGCAGCCACUGGAGUUAGUGAACUUGAAAGAUGUAGUUAUAGACUUCACCCAGGAAGAGUGGGCCCUGCUGGACACUUCCCAGAGAAAGCUGUUCAGAGAUGUGAUGCUGGAGAAUAUCAGUCAUCUGCUCUCAGUCGGACAUCAGGUCUGCAAAUCAGAUGUAUCUUCUCAGUUGGAUCAAGGAGAGGAACUGUGGAAAGACAGAAUUGUAUUUUUCCAAAGCCAGGAUUCAGGCAAAGAAACUGGUCUUAAAAAAUACAACAUGCUAUCUAUGCAACAUAUCUGCAGGAAGGACACAUCUAACAUCAUGUCAUUGAAGCAGAAUUCUCAAAAGAAUGUUAUUGUAUGUAGUGAAUUGCCAGAAGAUUUUACUCACAAUUCCAGAGUGACUCAUCAUGUGUUAACUUAUAAGGGAAAGAAACCCUACUUCAGCAGUCUAUUUGGAAAAGCCCUCUGUGACCAGUCAUCUUUUAAUCAACGAAAGCAUUUUCACACUAGAAGUAAGUCAUAUGAAUGGCAUCUAAUUAGUAAAUCCUUUAUUCAAAGCUCUGACCUUACACAUUCCAAUGGAACUCACACUGGAGAGAAACCCUAUGAAUAUCAUCUAGGUGAGAAAGCCUUUACUCAAUAUUCUGCCCUCAGAGAACAUGAAAGAACUCACACUGGGGAAAAACCUUAUGAAUGUCAUCUUUGUGGGAAAGCCUUCACUCGAUGUUCUGCCCUCAGAGAACAUGAAAGAACUCACACUGGAGAGAAACCUUAUGAAUGUCAUCUGUGUGGGAAAGCCUUCAUUCGAUGUUCUGCCCUUAAAGAACAUGAGAGAACUCACACCGGAGAGAAACCUUAUCAAUGUCAUCUAUGUGGGAAGGUCUUCACCAAUUAUUCUAACCUUAGAAGACAUGAGAAGACUCACACUGCAGAGAAACCCUUAAAAUGUCUUUUGUGUGGGAAAGCUUUCACUCAGUGUGUUCACCUGAGACAACUUGAGAGAACUCAUAUUGGAGAGAAACCUUAUAAAUGUCAUCUAUGUGGGAAAGCCUUCACUCUUUGUUCUUAUCUUAAAAUACAUGAGAGAGUUCAUGCUGGAGAGAAACCUUAUCAAUGUCAUCUAUGUGGGAAGGUCUUUACCCAUUAUUUUAACCUUAGAAGACAUGAGAGGACCCACACUGGAGAGAAACCCUAUGAAUGUCUUUUGUGUGGGAAAGCUUUCAUUCAGUGUGUUCACUUGAGACAACAUGAGAGAACUCACACUGGAGAGAAACCUUAUGAAUGUCAUCUAUGUGGGAAAGCCUUCACUAGAUGUUCUGACCUGAGAGAACAUGAGAGAACUCAUACUGGAGAGAAACCUUAUCCAUGUCAUCUAUGCGGGAAAGCCUUCAACCAUUAUUCUAACCUUAGAAGACAUGAGAUGAUUCACAGUGGAGAGAAACCUUAUGAAUGUCAUCUAUGUGGGAAAGCCUUCAAUAGAGUUUCUAACCUUAGUGCACAUGAGAGAAUUCACAAUGUUUAGAAACCCUAUUAAUGUCUUUUAUGUGGGAAAGCAUUCACCCAUUAUUCUAGCCUUUGACAACAUGAGAGAACUCACACUGGAGAGAAACCUUAUAAAUUUAUCUAUGUGGAAAAGC